AUGCAACAAUCAAAAGUUCCAUUUUUAUAUAAUGUAUCACCAAGUGUAUUACCACCUGCGGUUGAUUUUCCUGAUUGGACUAAAGUUACCGGAUAUUGGUUUUUGGAUGAAGGUUCUGAUGAUUUUAAACCACCGACUGAAUUAGUUGAAUUUAUGGAUAAAGCAAGAUGUGAUGGUAAGAAGAUUGUAUAUAUCGGAUUUGGAUCCAUUGUGGUUAAGAAUGCUACAAUUCUUACCCAGGCUAUUGUAGAAGCCGUUUUGAAGGCUGAUGUAAGAUGCAUUUUGAAUAAAGGUUGGUCUGACAGAUUGGAUCAUAAGCAAGAUAAACAACCUGAGAUUGAAUUACCUCCGGAGAUUUACAAUGCUGGGUUGAUACCUCAUGAUUGGUUAUUUCCAAGGGUGGAUGCAGCUAUUCAUCAUGGUGGUUCAGGAACCACAGGUGCUUCAUUAAGAGCUGGAUGUCCUACUAUAAUCAAACCAUUUUUUGGAGAUCAAUUCUUUUAUGCAACUAGGAUUGAAGAUUUGGGAGUUGGGAUUGCAUUAAAGAAAUUAACUGGAAAAUCAUUAAGUAACGCAAUUUUAAAAGUUACUAGUGAUCAAACGAUGAUUGAAAAAGUUUGUCGGGUAGGUCAGAGGAUAAAUAAAGAUUAUGGAGUAUAUUCUGCAAUUGAAGCAAUUUUAAGACUUAAUCUUAUACGAUCCUUAAACCAUGAAUACUUUCUAUUAGUAUUAGUAAAUGUUAGAAAACAUAAUCCAGAAUAUGCAAAUGCUAGAUCUAGUAUGCGAAACUCGAUGGAUAUUGAAUUAGAUGAAGUUGAAGAGCAAUAUGAAGUUUCUGAUAAUAAACAAUAUAGUAAGGUUUCAAUUGAAAAACAAGGUGAAACUUUUAGUGAUGGAUUCAGGAGUAGUGAAGAUGGGUAUGUAUACAUGGCAGUAUGA